AGGAACGACACCAACAUGAGUCAACACGGGUUCGAUAUAAUGCAUCACUCAACUCCCGACAACGUCAGCCGGAACCCGGAAGAGCAGCUUGUUGUGAGUUGUCGCGGUGGCUUGGCUGCUGCUGCUGGUUUCUUCUUCCUCUUGGCUCUAAUGGCGAGCUCCACGGGUCCGGGUCGGGCCGGUCCGGGACUCUUGUCCUCGUUGCUGCUCCUGCUGGUGCUGGCCUGGCUGAGCGGGCCGGUCGGCGCAGUGUCCGAACGGGGGAAAUGGAUCCUCGACAUCGACAAUAAAACGUUGAAGGAGAACAACCUCUUCAACUUCACUAAAACUCUGUUCAGUAACAGCUCUAUCCAUCUCAAAUUGGUGGCAGAGACCUGUAACUCCUCAGCUCCGUUCCGUCUGAACAUCUCCUGGUAUCUGAGGAACUCGCACUGCUACGAUGAGAUCAGCAAAAUGAACGCCAGAUAUUACUUCAGGUCGACGGAGGUCCAACCAGGCGGAGGAAGUGGAUACUAUGUGUUCCACCAGUAUCCUGAGAUCAACUGCCAAACACACGUGAGCCCCGACCAGUUCGGCCUGGAUACCUUUGACGCGAAGGCACGACUGAAAGAACAGCCUGUCACAGCCACAGAGAAGACUUCAGGCCGGAGGAGGAGAGAGGUGGCGCCUCCAAAGCCGAAGGAAGGUGCCUCAGCAGAAACAGGAAAAGCUGCUAAGGAUGCUGGUCUGGAUGUGGUGGCAGAGAGCUGGGAGGACGGACCCUACAUGUUCAUCCUGAACAUCCGAGAGAUCAAAGACCCCGCUAACCCCCCCACGCCCUGGAGCCUACACCUGCAGGUCAGCAUGGAGGGUCCUCACGGCUACAUCUCAGCCUCUGAGUGGCCUCUGAUGGUGUUCUACAUGGUGAUGUGCAUCGUGUACGUGCUGCUGGCGGUGCUGUGGUUGGCUCUGUCAGCCUGUUACUGGAGGGAUCUGCUCAGGAUCCAGUUCUGGAUUGGAGGAGUCAUCUUCCUGGGCAUGUUGGAGAAAGCCGUUUACUACGCCGAGUUCCAGAGCAUCAGAUACGACGGCCUGCCAGUCGACGGGGCGGUGGUGUUCGCUGAGGUGCUCUCCGCGGUGAAGAGGACUCUGGCCAGGGUGUUGGUGAUCAUCGCCAGUCUGGGAUACGGCAUCGUCAAGCCCAGACUUGGUGCCUUGCUCCACAGAGUCGUCGGCGUCGGUCUGCUCUACCUGAUCUUCUCCAUCAUCGAGGGAAUCCUACGGGUCAACGCUGAUCGAGGCAACAACAACAGCAGUAGACUUUUGUGUGACAUUGUUCUGGCCUUCAUUGACUCCUGUAUUGUCUGGUGGAUCUUUGUGAGUCUGGCUCAGACCAUGAAGCUGCUGAGGUUGAGGAGGAACGUGGUGAAGCUCUCUCUCUACAGACACUUCACCAACACGCUCAUCUUCGCCGUUAUAGCGUCGGUCAUCUUCAUCAUUUGGACGACCAAGACCUUCAGGAUGUCCAAAUGUCUGUCUGACUGGAGGGAGCUGUGGAUCGACGACGCCUUCUGGCGCUUCUUGUUUUCCAUCAUCCUAUUGGUCAUCAUGUUCCUAUGGCGACCGUCGGCCAAUAACCAGAGGUAUGCCUUCAGUCCUCUGGUGGACGAAGAGAGUGAGGAAGAGGAGAAGGAGCCCAUGAUGAACGAGGCCUUCGAGGGGAUGAAGAUGAGGGGCGUGAAAAGUGAUUCAAACGGCACGGCCAAGCCCAACAAAGUGGACGAGGAUCUGAAAUGGGUGGAAGAGAACAUCCCGUCAUCUAUGGCAGACGUCGCCCUGCCCCCCCUGCUGGACUCUGAUGAGGAAAUCAUGACAACCAAGUUUGAGAUGUCCAAGAUGGAGUGAAGCAGAAGAACGUGGAGUUGGAGUUGAGUCUGGUAAUCAGACGGAGAAAUAAUCCAGAUUAAUAUCGGUGUACAAGGUGGAGUAGAAGAGAGGGAUGGCUGAUUAAAUGCACAUGUGAGGAGAGAUAGACAAACUGGUGAAUGAAAGAGGGAACGCAGAGAAGAACGAGUGUUUGCUUUACGAAGACGGUGGUGUCGGUAUGUGAUUAAUCCCUGAAUUUAUCAGCUUUGUAAGCCUUGAUUGUACAUACACUGGGAGUAAAAUCAAUCACAGCGACACACAGACCCUUUUUAUUUUUUCUUUUUAUUGCCUGUUUGUAUUUAUAUCUAUAUAUAAAUAUAUAUAUAUAUACAUAUACAAUAUAUUUUGACAAAUAAUGCUAAUGAGGUUCUUUACCUUCUCACCGUUUACAUACAGAAAUGUGAUUUCCAGAUCUUGUGUCGUCAGACAUUUGGUGUGUUCACUGUUGCCUCGACAGCAGCUCCCCCUGUCACUGCUGUCAGGAUUUAGUUUUGGUUGUUUUUCAUACGUGGUGAGAGAGUUUUAUUGGCAUCCCUUCAACCUGUAAAAACCAAAUCUGUAAAUCAGAAAGGAAAAAAAUGGACGUGAAUGAGAAUGAAAUGUUUUCUUACGUUGAGGUCAUUGAGGGAGGUUUUUCUUUGCAUCCAGUCCAGUUUGAGCCAUGAAAUUGUUCACAUUCGGACAAUUUCUCUUUAUAAACUUACUGAUAUCUUCUGUGUUUUUGCUGAGUGAGACUUAUUGUAUUUCCUUGUUUUUCUUUGUGUCUGUGUGAACAGGUUUUUGCAACAAAAGAUCGACAUAUUUCCUCCAUCUGACUCAUCAAAGUCAGUGAACAGUUAGAAUAUCUUCGACUGACUUUAACAAAAUACUGCUUUUAUCUUUAGCGUUGGCGAACUGCAACCGCUGCAGAGUGAAUCUCACUUUGUCACUUUACGUCCUCCAUGUUGAUGGUGUGUGUUUAGUGAUCUGUGAUCUCCUCAGUUUUCAGGUUUGCAGAACCUUGUUGAAGAGGUUUAUAGGCUCUGAUUCACCAAACCGACAAUCAGCCGUUGGACGCCAUCGCGCCGUUGUUGAGUGUCUUGUUGUAGAUUGAGCCAGUUGAGCUGAUGGCUGAGGCACAGCUUUUCUUUAUUUUUCACCAUUUUUUCUUUUCCUACAGUCACUGAAUGCCUCCAGGCUUUGCAGUGUCAGUUGAUCAGUCCAGUCUGAAGAAUUUAAACAAUGGGAUGGACUGCCUUUAAAUUACUUUCAUGGAAACAUGUCUGUAUUGUAUAGAUUUCCAUGAAGUUUGGUGGAGAUAUCCAUGUUGCCCUGUGGAUGAACCCUGGUGACUUUGGUGUUCCUCUGAUUUUUUUCCUCUAGCUCAACCAUAAGAAUGACGUUUUUCACGUCACCCUCAAGAUUAAUGUAACUUCUCAUCUUUUGAUUUGGCCAAUGCCAAACUAAUGACAUUCCCAUCAGCCUCAGCUGUCCUCUGUGUUUAGUGCUAAUGGCCGAAUGUUAAAAUGCUAACAGGCUAAGCUAAGAUGUGUUCUCUCACUGAGAUGCUAGCAUGGCUUCAGACAGACAGACUGCAGGCUAGUUCCUGUAUUUCCUCUCACACAGCCACGACUAAUAAACAUAAGACAUGAGGCGAUACAAAGAGUUUGAUUGGCCAAUCAAACGUUGGUCUUUGACAGGAGUUUUACUGAGUUUCUUUCUUUCUCUCUUUCCUGUCUCUGUUUAACAGGAAAGUAAAAAUGAUGAUUUGUAAAAAAGUGCCAGACAAACUCUCAGAGUGUGUCCAUCUGUUCAGGUGUCCGAUGUCCUCCCCAGUGUCGUCUUGUUUGUUUGCUUCAACACGAUCUCUAACUGUAUAAACAUGGUCACUUACACUGUCUGCUUCCACACACUCACACAUAUUUACUCCUUUCUCAGCCUUUUCCACGACAGCAGCCAUUAUUCCUCUGAGUGGCCUGUUCAGCUGGCAGCCAGCUCUCUGUGUACAUGUGAACAUAAAGACUAUCCUCUAUAUGUGUGUGUGUGUGUGUGUGUGUUCCAGCCUUUUAAGUGUUGACAGUGACUUGUCUGAAUGGACUAAAUGCUCCAUACAUCACCAGUUCAGCCGCUGGAAAGUCCACUCUCCCCCUCUGCUGUCUGCUCCCAUCAGCCUGCAGCAGCUCGCGCUCUGCUCGCUGUUAUCACAAACAUCACAUUCAGCGUUUGGGUUUUUGCCUCAGCGAGGUUUGAGGCUGAAAUUAUGGAUGUCAUGAUCCUAAUCUGAGGUCUUUAAUAUGAGUAUCUGGACAUACUUAAGUCAGAUUGAGUAUUUUUGUUUUUACAGCAGAACUGGUGAAGCCAAUUCAGUUUAGAUUAGACAGGUGUGACAUCUAGUAUUGUUUCACUUUAAAUCCAGUGUGCAGGAGUUCAGAGCCAUUACAAGUGAAAGAUGUUUCACUGUCUACAUGCUUCAUGCUCCAGACUGAUAUUUAAAAGCCUUGUUGUUAUUUUUGCUGUUAAUGGGUUUGAAAGGCUCAGUGUGGAUUCUGCAUCAGUUUGAUGUCUCCACAGCUUAAAUGUGUUCCAGUUCAUAGUCUGUCGUUGUCCUGGGUUAUGUAAGUUACUGUGCUGUUUGGUUUGCAAUUAAAUCAAAAGUUAAUAAUAAAAACUGGGAAAGUGAUAAAACA